AUGGUCGGUGUAUCACCUGAAGUGCCUAUUGAUGUUCUUCAUUGUCCUUACAAAACUGAAGAAUUAUCACAUUUGUCUCUAGGUCCGAAUUAUGCUCGACCAAAUCCAAAUGCACUUCGUCCGAUAAAACAUCGUAAAACUCAAAUACAAUAUCAUCUCAAAGAUAUUAAUGAGAAAGUUAGAUGUCAAUUGAAGAACUACUGUAACAGAGAAUCUCCAGCAGCAAGAAUGAAAGAGUAUUCUCAAUUAGUUGAAAAUCUACUUCGACAACAUUAUAUAGCUCCAUUAUCCUAUGUUGAUAACAUGCGUGCUCAACGCGAAUUCAAAUUAGUAAAGUCUAUUCGACGAAAAGCACAAAAAGCAAAACUUAUUAUAUGGGUUUGUGAUAAAGGUGGCGGCUUACAUAUUGAAAAUAAAAGUGAUUAUGAAAGAAAAGCAGCAAAAUAUCGAGAAGAUAAAAACGCCUAUCAAGAAUUAUCAUACAAUCCAUUGAUGGAAAUAUUAACUAAUGUAACAAAUGCGCUUAAUGAAGGAACGCCAUUACGACCCAUUCUGAAUACCAUUAAAGCAGUAACAAGACCUAUCUCCGAUUUCUUAAAUGAAUUGAUUCGACCUAUCUACGAUCAAUAUAAUCAAGAUAAUACAAUUAUUGAUGGUGUGAAUCUUAUCAAACGUCUCGAAAAAUAUGCUGCUGGUGGUCAUCUUAAGCCGUCGACUCUUUUCUGUACUUUAGAUAUUAAUAACUUGUAUACUAUGCUGCCACAAGAUGAAUCCGUUCGAAUUCUAGGCGAUUUUCUUCAUCACUAUGUUGGUGAAAGAGUUAAAAAUAUCUGGGUUGCCACCAUUCAAAAAUUGACCGAAAUUGUUUUGAAAGAAAAUGCUUUUGUCUACGAUCAUAAAUUCUAUAAACGGAUUAUUGGUGGUGCGAUGGGUUCACCAUUUACAUUAAUUCUAGCCAAUAUAUUUAUGUGGCUUUGGGAAAAACGUAGGGUUCGAUGA